CGGCCGUCGGCGAUGAGUUUAGUUUUGAAAACAAGAGGCUUGCCGGUACUCGGGUACUCCUCGCGUCCUUUUAUUAUAAACGUAGGAGGAGUUUUCGAUCGUGCGACUAAUUAAUCUUAAGAGUGGGAGGGAGAAGGAUAAUAAGAAAAAGAGUGGGAGAGAGAAAGAAAGACAGAAAGAAAGAAAGAGAGAGAGAGAGAGAGAAGAGAACAAACGAAGUGAUUACGUAUCCCUUUCUCUAUAAAAAAAAAAGAGAAAGAGAGAUAGAUAAAUAGAUAGAUAGAUAGAUAGAUAGAGAAAAGACGGACGCGUAGCAAGCCGGUAUUCGCGUUUCUCGCGUGUUUUCUUCCCCAUUUGCGAUAGUGUUUUUUUUCUUACAUUCGAACUUCCUUUUUUAAAUUCUCCCUUACUUCCUCUCUCUUCUUCAUAUCACGACGUGUGUUUCCUUACUAAAUUUCUAUAAUCUUCGAAUCGUAUACAUACAUAUAAGUUAGUAAGAAAUAAACCGUUAUUACAUAGGAAGAUUAGAAAAAAAGAGGAGAUAAGAGAAGGGGGAGAAUAAGGGAAGAAAAACAAAUAUAUAAAGGAAGAAAAAUGGACCCACUUCGCGAGCAAGUGAUGAUCAAUCAAUUCGUAUUGGCUGCCGGUUGUGCCAGGGAACAAGCAAGACAAUUCUUACAGGCUACUCAUUGGCAAUUCGAGAUGGCACUCAGUCUUUUCUUUCAAGAAGUAGCAAUACCUUCUUGUGCUCAGGGUGCAGGUACUCCAUUUGGUCAAAUCACACCUUGUAAUACACCAGCAACACCACCGAAUUUUCCGGAAGCGUUGGCCGCAUUUUCCAAAAUGUCGGCUGGUGAGAAAACACCCACAGGCAUGUCUCCGAGCCAAAACGGGUUGCAACAAAGUUCAACGACGACAGUGGCGCAGCACCAUGGGGUCCGGUGUAGCAUCUCCGGUAAUACACAACAACAAGUUGUACCGAGUCAACAACAAUUUGGUUUGGGUGAAUUACAAAGAUAAGGAGAGAAGAAGUCAUAAAAAACGAAGAAGAAGAAGAAGAUGCGAGCCAAUAAUAGGAGGAGGAGGGAGAAGAAGAGGAACAAGAGGAUACGUUUUAUCACGCGUUUGUACGAACAUGUCCAGAAAAAUUUCCAAGAAGAAAAAGAUGAUGAUGAUGAUGAUGAUGAUGAUAAAAAAGAUGAUAAAGGUGACAGGGAUUGUACGAGAUGAUGGUAGUUAUAGUAAAUGCUUGAUCCUCGACAGAUAUGAUGUGUUUUUUUCACAACAGCAACGUUAAAAUACCAACUGAAAAAAGAAAUAUUGUAUUACUUUGAAUUCUCUCCUACGUGCUAGUUUAACAUUUACUUUGAACAACUAUUACUAACGAUAACACAGCAGUAGCAUAGUAAUUCUUCCUCGCAUGUGACCACUUUUCUUUUAGCGGAAUAUGUAUGACUUCUAACGAUGACCGAUGAUGACGAUGAUGAUGAUGAUGAUGAUGAUGAUGAUGAUGAUGUAGGAGAGAAUUCGAAAGAAACCGAAUACAAUCGAACGCGCAAUCAAAAACAAGAGAGUCAUUUGUUGUCUCUCUAAUUUAUUACUCAGGCUCGUUCGAAUUUCAUUAGCUUUUUUUUUUCUUUUCUUUUUCUUUUUCUUUUUAUUAUUAUACUCAUCUUCCUUGUAAUUAUAUUUUAUUAAUUUCUCUCUUUCGUCGAACGUCGCGUGUCGUAUCCCAAGAACAAAAACAAAACAAAAGCUGUAAUAAUAGUUUCUUUUACUUUCUACUUUUUCAUUGAUUUAUUUUUCUUUCUUCUUUUUUUUUUUUUUGCAAAGGGAACGAUAUAAUAUUCCUACGACUAUGAAAGACAGAAAUAUCCUUUUAGCGAUUACCAAGAGUAUAAUAUAUAUAGUACGUAAUUCACAGAGAGUUUGUGUAAUACGUUGUGGACUCAUAAUCAAUGUAAAAGAGCGCAGAGGAGAAUAGCUCGAAGACACGAUUUAAAAAAGAAACAGAAAGAAAAUCACAAAUGACUACGGAAAACACACUCGCUGUUUUAUUUUGUUUAGAUUGAGAGAAUAUGUCAAAAUGUUUGUAGUAGGCUUGUGUAAUUACGUAUGCGUCGUUCGUUGUUGUCGUUGUCACUGGGGAGCUUUCCAACGAUUACAUGGAAGGCUGUGAUAAAACAAAAAUAAUACGAAAAAAGAAAAAAAAUAAAGGUUCCCCGUUUUUACGUGACGCGAACACGAAGAAAUAAUUUAUUCGGAAAAGGCAAGUGCAACGAGAAAUUCUCGCAAGUUUCUUUCAUCUCGUAUGUUGAGAAUAAGCGUGAAUUUGAAAUACAAUUGUUUUUUAAAUUCGAAUUAACCGCCGUGUUUACUCGCGCGGCACAGUGUGGCGCCACCAUAGCAGAAGCCCGGGAAAUUUGGAUUUUUCAAUAUGAACUUUGUUUAACAAAAUUUAACGUCACGUAAUUCUAAAAUUAGAAAUAUUACUUUUUUUUUUUUAAUCCCCUAGAAAAAUGUAGAAUCUAUUUAAUUGUAUUUUUUAUUUUUGGAUACGAUUGAGAUAUACCGAUUGAGUAAGAUCACUUGUUCUUCUUCGACGACAUCAAAGUGCUUAGUCCUUUUUUUUUUAUUUACGAAGAAUAAAAUACCAAAAAAAAAA